AUGAGCUCCAAUACCCGUUUUUUGUUUUUUAUCUUUUCCUUACUUCUCACAUUAAACAGUGUGUUUCAUAUUGUAAGCCAAACCACUCCAUCAGAUUCUGAUGCAUCAUAUAUCCUCGCAUGUGGUGCCUCAACUGAUGCUGAAGACACAGAUGGUCGUACGUGGAAACCAGAUUCACAGUUACUUUCAAAUUCAGGAAAUUCAAUGAUCCUUUCAGCUCACGUUCAAGACCCUUCGUUGCCAUCAACCAUCCCUUACAUGACUGCCAGAAUUUUCACAUCAACGUCAACGUACAAGAUCCUUGUUGCAAAAGGGCAGCGGUUUUGGCUCAGGCUUCAUUUUUAUUCAACUUCUUAUGGUACUCUUGACCCAUCAAAGUCUUAUCUUGAUGUCAUUGCAAAUGGUUUCACACUCCUUCACAAUUUCAGCGCCUCCAUAACAGCACAAGCUCUAACUCAAGUCUCUAUUAUGAAAGAGUUCUCUCUUGUACCAGCUCAAUCUGGUGAUCUCGACAUAACUUUUAAGCCUACUUUGGAACAGAAGGAUGCCUAUGCUUUUGUUAAUGGUAUUGAAGUGAUUCCAAUGCCCGAUAUUUUCAAGCCGGCGCCUUUGGUUGGAUAUAAUGAUCAAUUUGUGGAGGUUGAGAGCUCUUCCUUUCAAACAAUUGCUAGGUUAAAUGUUGGUGGACAAUUCAUUCUUCCAACUGAUGACUCAGGUCUUACAAGAACAUGGUAUGAUGAUUCACCUUAUAUAUUUAGUGCCGCUUUUGGUGUCACUUAUAAAGCUGAUAAAAGUAUCAAGAUUCAGUAUCCUAGCAAUGUGUCAAAAGAAAUUGCACCUUUGGAUGUUUAUAAUACAGCUAGGUCAAUGGGUCCAAAUGCAAAUAUAAACAUUAAUUAUAACCUAACAUGGGUGUUUCAGAUUGAUGCAAAAUUUACGUAUCUUGUUAGAUUUCAUUUCUGUGAGCUUGACUUGGAGAAGGUUAACCAAAGGGUGUUUAAUAUUUUUGUGAAUAACCAAACAGCAAAAGAAAAUGCUGAUGUGAUUGAAUGGGCUGAAUCACAAGGAGUACCAGUGUAUAAGGAUUAUGCAGUUUAUGCCAGCGAUGAAGACUUAUGGGUGGCAUUGCACCCAAGUGUGUCAACGAAGCCUCAAUAUUAUGAUGCAAUUCUCAAUGGAUUGGAGAUUUUUAAGAUGAAUGACACAAGGGGGAAUUUGGCAGCUCCAAAUCCUGUGCAAUCCCCAAUGCCGAUUCAAGCUGACGAUGCUCCCAAGAAAUUUAGACCCUCCAGAUCAGAAAGGGCUGCACAUGUGAUUGGUGGCAUUAGUGGAGGGGUUGUUGGUUGUGCUGUAGUUGCUGGUUUCUUCAUUUGUUUCACCAAAGAGAAGAGGAAAGGUGAUGGAAACCCAUCCUCUAGAGGCAAUUGGUUGCCACUGUAUGGACGUUCCCACACAUCAACAAGCAACUCAACAACAUCAGGUAAAAGUAUUGCCAGUAGCCAGCUUUCAUCAGUUGCAGCAGGUCUUUGUCGACAUUUCUCUUUAUCGGAGAUUAAACAUGGCACCAAGAACUUCAGUGAAUCACAGGUCAUCGGUGUUGGAGGAUUUGGUAAGGUCUAUGAAGGCCUGAUUGAUGGAAAGACAAAGGUUGCGAUUAAAAGAUCAAAUCCAUCUUCAGAACAAGGACUUGAUGAAUUCUUGACAGAAAUUGAGAUGCUUUCAAGGCUGAGACACAAGCAUUUAGUGUCUUUGAUUGGGUUUUGUGAAGAAGAUGGAGAGAUGAUUUUGGUUUAUGAUUACAUGGCUAAUGGGACCUUAAGGGAACACCUCUAUAGGAGCAACAAACCUGCCUUGUCAUGGCAGCAAAGAUUAGCAAUAUGUAUUGGUGCUGCAAGGGGACUUCAUUAUCUUCACACCGGUGCCAGGUACACAAUCAUUCACAGGGAUGUGAAAACUACAAACAUUCUAUUAGAUGAGAAAUGGGUGGCAAAAGUUUCCGAUUUUGGGCUAUCAAAAAUUGGUUCUAAUCUCCACCAAACUCAUGUUAGUACAAUGGUGAAAGGCAGCUUCGGUUACUUAGAUCCUGAGUACUUCCGCAGGCAACAAUUAACAGAAAAAUCAGAUGUUUACUCUUUUGGGGUAGUCCUUUUCGAAGUGUUGUGUGCAAGACCAGCACUUAAUCCUCUUUUGCCUAUGGAACAAGUUAGUCUUGUUGAUUGGGCUUUACACUGCCAAAGGAAGGGUAUUCUCGAGGACAUUAUUGAUCCACAUCUUAAAGGAAAGAUAAAUCCUCUGAGCUUGAGAAAGUUCACCGAGACAGCUGAGAAAUGUGUAGCUGAUCAAGGGCUUGAUCGCCCUACAAUGGGCGAUGUGUUGUGGAAUCUUGAGUUUUCACUCCAGUUGGAGAAAACUCCUGAGCAACCUAAAAUGGUUUCAUAUAACAACGCCGAUGACACUUAUGCAACGUAUACUGCUAUGUCAGGAACUGAUGAGGAUAGUUUUGUAAGCCUGGAAAAAUGA